AUGGACGCCAACGCCACUAAGAUGGAUGACACCCACACAAACACCGUCACCCCCGACUCUCAGCCGGCACCUACUGAAGCAACUACUCAGACAGACACGUCGAGUUUCAAAGAAGAACCCAAGCCGGUCAUUAGCCUGCGCAGUGCAUCCAAAAGUGCGCAUAGCAUGGCUAAUCCUACCGAGAAAGUGAAGGUCAACUUCAUCAUUUCUCACGCCCCAGAAGUAGCUUCCGGGGUGAUUGAGGCCGUAUACAAAGAACUGAGCCGAGCGAAUGACAACAAUCUUGAACUUCGCAAGACCCCCCAAGGCUCGUACAUGAGAAUCAACGGUCUUGCCAAGAACAUCAAAGAGUAUAUCAACUUGGUACAGGAUGUGGCUAAGGACUUGAUCUCCAAUGAGUCCAUCGGAGGAUCUAAUUUUUUCAUGGAACCUCCCGCCGAAAUCGAUAGCGCUGCUCAGGUCCUUCUGCACACCAACCCUGUAUCGGGCGAAGUACGACCAAUACUACAGCCAGGACAAGAUGCUGUUGCCGGCCUGCAAUUUCUGGAGACUCCUGAGCAGUACAAGGCGAAACUGAACGACUAUCUCUACAAGUCGCUGAUCAAAGCCGGCCGUCUCAAGUUGUCAUUGACACUGAGAGUUUACUUAGGCCAGUUCAUGUUGCGAAAGUACCCGAAGGGCAAGGAAGUGUAUGGGUACAACGACUUCCAUGCCAUGGUGAAGAAUCCCCGAGCCUCUGGAUGGCUGAAGAACUGGAUCGGUGACGAGACACUAGUUAAAAGAGUCCUUGAUUUUGUCAGGAACAGCACAAACGGUCCGUUCCAACCUAUUGGCAACCAGGCGGCCGUAGCAGCGGAUGUCCUACCGCAAUAUUCUCUCGAGAUGCGCUCUGAGGGGACCAAGUUUGAUGUACCUAUCAAGAAGAGAACCAGCGAGAGGUCAAGAGGCACGAUCGCUUGUAAGCUCUACCGCGUAACUUCGAGUACACUUGAUGCCAACCCUGCCGAGGCUAAUGUUUAUAACUUGAGCCUUGGAAAGAACCUCGACUGGCAAUUGGAAGGCAUCGAAGAGGACAAGGGCGCAAAGACGUUCCCAGAAGUUACCCAGUACUUAAGAUCUGCCAAGGCCGAACUAUUAAACUCGGAGCGACCUCACGACCUUAACGUCUAUCCCAGCGUCAAGCUGGAACCCUCCAUCGCGGUGGAGAGUAAAAUCAAGCAUGUCGCGGUCAAGACAAUCUAUCAAUUCAGAUGGAAGGCCACAACGUACAUUGUCGAGAUCGCAGUCAACCACCGAUGGGACAGCAUCCCUGCCAUGAGAGCCAAGGCAGUGCCGAAGAUCGAACUUGGAAUCAGCAUCUUUGGAGAAGACUGGGAUUCGGAAGAGGAUGUGGUUGGGAACGUCUGGGGCGACGAGUUGGAGUGUCUACUUGAAGGCCUGCGAGGUGAAACGACGCCUAAGGGCCCUGACAGGGUUGACCAUUUCCUACGGACAGUUGGUGACAUUCGCGAUGCCUUUGAGCACCUCUUCUAG